UGGCCCCCAAUGCGAAUGGCAGAGCAGGAAAGAACAAGAACAGAAAAAGCAAUGGCAAUUCCUCUUUCUCCGGUCGUUCGUGGGCAUUUUGCGAGAAAACUUUUCGCCGCAUUUAAAAACGGAGCCACCAAAGCAUGCGUAACACGUAAAAGCUGGAUUUAAGGGAUCGCGAGUUAUGAACAACCAGGGCUAUGGCGGCAUCCAGUGGAUCCAGCACUCCACCGCGCCGGACGUCUGCGAGGUGGAAGUCCUAGAAAACGGAGCCGAGAUGGCCGUUCAAGAGGCGGCGGCGGCGUUCGUCGACGACGGCGGCGAGGAGGAUGCCGAGGAGGACCUGGACCAUAUGGCUGCCGAGAACCUCAUCUUCAUGGCGCGCGACGGCCAGCUGAGCGAGAUCAUAGCCGCCAACGAGGCUGGGGGGGCCGUCCUGGUCACCGCCGACGGCACCACCGUGGCCUACGCAGGCUCCUUCGACGACGACGCCCAGGUGGUCACCGAGGAGGUCAUCACAGACGACUGGGUGCAGCACCAGGGGGCCGAGCGAGUGGAGAUCGCCGCGGAGCAGAUAGCUGGAAUUAGCAGCUCGCAGGAGCUGCUGGACAUGGAACAGGACGAGUACACCGCCCUCCGGCCGUAUCCCUGCGACUUCUGCAGCCGCCGUUUCCGGAAGAAGGCCAGCCUGAACAACCACAUGCUGGCGCACCAGAACGACAGGCCGCACCUCUGCAAGCUCUGUGGCGCUCGUUUCACGCGACGCGCGGAGCUCAUCAGCCACUUCAAGGCCCACGCCGAGGCCCAAGAUGCGGCAGACGCUGAGGCGGCGGCAGCAGCAGCAGCGGCAGCGGUCUCAGCUUCUUCCAUUAAAUACGAGUACCAGAGCCAGCGGCAGCUGGAUGAACACUUUUACGAGCAGGAGUGGUCGCUGAGCCAUCAGGACCAGGGCCAGGUGCGUCACGAGCAGCACAACCAUUCGGAGCAGCAACUUAUCUCCAACCACGACGUGGCGGACGCCUACCCGGCCCUGGUGGCCCCGCCAGCUGCUCCUGCGCGCGGCAGGAUCAGCAGGCUCAAGCCAAAAGAGGAGAGCAGCCAGUUCAUAGUGAUGGCCGAGAGGCAGUCGAGCCCCAACUUGGGUAGCAAUUGCCUCUCGCCAACGGAGCAGCCAACGGUGGCCUCCGCCCAGUCCGGGACUGCCGAGCCUCCGCCCCAGCCCAACUAUCCCAUUUUGGACGACAAGAAGCCGUUUGUAUGCCAGCAGUGCGGCCUGGCCUUUGCCCGGGAGAAGGCACUGGUGUCGCAUACGAAGAACCACCGCAUGGACUCGCCGUAUGAGUGCAACCAGUGCCAGGAGAUGUUCUGGGACAACAGCAGCCUGCAGGAGCACCUCAAGACCCACCAGUUCGAAGAGAGCAACUCGGAGUACGACCCCGCCUCCGCGGAGGACUCUGCCAGUGAGUCGGAGCCGGAGGAGCAGCUGUAUGGGGACUUCUACUGUGCCGAGUGCGGCAUUUCGUUCCAUCGCCAGGACCUGUUGCGGCGCCACGCGAAGCAGCACAUCAAACAGCCCGAAGCACAGGCGGGAGAGAGGAACUCUACCGUCGCUGCUGGGGGGGAAGUGGAUGCCAAAGAGUCCAGCGGUGGGGGCAACAGCUGCCACACCUGCGGAAAGUCUUUUCCCACUGCCCUGGAGAUGCUGGCCCACGCCGAGAUCCACUCACGGUUCCCGCCGUUCAAGUGCGUGCUCUGCGGCAUCAGCUUCUACGAAGAGCAGGCCAUCAAGCGACACCUCCACACCCGCCACCCCAACGAGCUGAAGGCCAACUCGUGCGUUCUGUGCGGCAAGGAGUGCCGCGACCGGAAGGCCUUGAUCAAGCACGCCUGGGACCACUCCCGCGAGAAGUGCCACUCGUGCUCGAAGUGCGGCAAGAACUUCCACAACAAGGCCCGCUUGAAGCGGCACAUGGCCUCGCACCGCGACAAGUCGGUGGUGUGCGAAGUGUGCCACGAGGAGUUCCCGGACGGGCGCACUCUUUCCAACCACCGCCACUCUCACAGCACUACCUCGCCGGGCAAGCUCUUCCCGUGCCACGAGUGCGGCAAGACUUUCGGGUCGCGCAGCUCGCAGCAAAUCCAUGUGCGCAUUCACACGGGCGAGAGACCUUACGGGUGCCGCUACUGCUGGAAGGCCUUCGCGGACGGAGGCACUCUGCGAAAGCACGAGCGGAUCCACACGGGCGAGAAGCCCUACGCCUGCUCGGUCUGCCCGCGCGCCUUCAACCAGCGGGUGGUGCUGCGCGAGCACAUUCGCUCGCACCACUCCGGCUUGGACGUGGCUCGCAACACGUACCACUGCACGGUCUGCUCCGAGGACUUCCCCUCGUCCAACGACCUGAUCCAGCACCUCAUUCAGCACAGCGACUCGAACACUGCGAAGCAGCGACAGCCGAUCACCGGACCCCGCAAGUACAAAAGGCGCCGCAAGCUGCAGCCGCACGAGAUCGUUCAGAUGCGGGCGGAGAGCAAGGAGGCCAACGGCGAGGGGGAGGCCUUGGGGGAGGCGGACCGCGAUGGCGAGGAGGACGACUACGCAAGUGACAUUGAUAUCUGCGACUUCGACGUGGACCAAGUGGACGAUUCGCUGUUCGACAUAGCGGAGUCCCCCAAGAAGGAGAAGCGCAAGCGGACGUCGGCCAGGACGGUUCCCAAACAUAAUGCUUCAAACGGUGGUGCGGGCACAACGGGUGGAGAUGGCUCGGGCAAGCCGACUCAGUCGAAGGAAAACACAAAGCUGCGAUACGACUCCACGAGCAGUCAGCAAUCGGACCGGAUCUGGGAGGAGAAGUUCCUGCAGGACAGCCAGACUCCGCUCUUCCAGAUAGACUCGUUGGUGGUGGUCAACGACACCCCGCUCCCUCCCGCCAGUCCCAGCGAGUCUGCAGCGCUGCCCAAAACCAGAGCUGCAGCGAAGCUACUCUCCAAGCCGGCGGAAGCCUCGACCAGCGCCACUGUGUCUUCCUACUCGGCCGCGUCCGUUAGUCGCGGCAGGAAGAAGCCCGCUAGCAAGACCGCAGGCAAGGCGCCGUCUGCCAUCAGCAGCUCCUCCCGCCCUCGAAUGAUCCACACGGAGAGGGCCAGGGUUACGAAGCCGGCGGUGGGCACUGAUUCCUCCUCUAAGAAGACGCGCUCGAAGGUGUACGUCACUCGCACGGAGACCACCAGCAAGUUGGGUGCGCUCGAUAAGUCCUGCAUUGUGGACGACUACGAGAUCAUCUCUCCGGCCACCCAGCCGCCCAACCAAAUCAGCUCGAGUCCUCUGCACAUCAAGCAGGAACAGGAGCACCAGCAGCAGCGGGUGCAGCUGAUGUACGACGACAACCUGCUGAUCGACGCCGCGUUGCUGCGAGAGAAGACCUACGAGAAGUUCAACCCCAGCAUAGUCAACGAUCUGGAGGAGAUCCUGCGCUCGCCACUAAAGCACGACCGCAGCUCGCGUCUGCGCUUCACCAGCGAGUCCUCGACCACACCGCAGUUCCUGCCAGAGGAGGAGCAACACCUGAUCAAGAUCGAGCCCACCUCGCCGGAUCUGAGGGAAAUGGUGGAGAGCCAGACGAGAGUCACUUCGUCAUCGUCCUCGUCGGCCAGAACCUCGCGACACUUGCGCCAAAUCACUGCCAACAAUGGGCCGAGGGCGGGGAGCCAGCGGUUCGCAGAGAAGUCGUCCCCCGGCGCAGGAGGUGCGCACAAGAAGGCGACCUCCUCCGCCUCGACUGUCAGCAAAGUGGGCUCCUCCUCCUCGUACCUGGGGUAUGGGGUGGAGGCGUACAGCGUGAACCAAUGCGUACCUGCCAGCGGAAGCACUGCCGACGUGGGCAGCGGUUUCUUCUCCAUUUCGGAAGUGGUCUCCGCCGCGGAUGCCGCAGACGCUGCGGCCAAGGCGGCGGCGGCCGGGAAGUCCGAGCGGAAGACGCGCUUCUUCGAGUGCGAGAUGUGCACCGCCAUCUUCUACGACCGGGCCCAGCUGCUGGAGCACGUGCACAUCCACAUCUAGUAGUAGUGUUUACAGCGCCCCAGGGAGCAGCCUUGUAUUUUUGAAAUCUAUUAUCCUAGUAGAUAUGGUUACCUCAUCGGUAUCGAGCGUCGAAAGGCCGUUGAAAUUUUGCGUUACAUUUAAAAUUGAGAGAAAUAUACAACUAAUGUAGACCUAGUUGGUAAGCUUUUAAGUUUGUACCUCGCUUUUGUUUGAAGAAUGGUAUGCUGGAAUAAAUACAUCAUUAAAUUAUU